GUUAACAUUUGUUAAAUAAAAUAUUUAAAUAAUUUAUUUAAAUCGUUGUUAAUAAUGACGAGUAGUUCCCCGACAUCGUCAUCGAAAGUACUGAAGAGGAAGAAGUCUUCGUUGAGUGAAAUCAAAAUUACAAUUCUUGGCGACAGAAAUGUGGGCAAAAGUGCAAUUGUGGUGCGAUUCCUGACCCGUCGUUAUAUCAUGGAAUACGAGCACAAUAUAGACAACAGAUAUAAAUAUGAGAUAAUCAUUGACAGCGAACCCAUUAUUUUCGAUAUACUGGACGCGUCCUCCACAUCCACUCUUUGCAUCAAUAAUGUGGACAUAUCUUCGCAUUCGUGUGACCUCUUGUUACUCAUGUACUCCAUUACAGACCGUCAGAGUUUCAUUUACGCCAAGAAUCUACUCAAACAUAUCGUCCAAAUGAAGGGGAGCACCGGUACGCAGAUUCCGUUGAUAGCAAUAGUGGGCAAUAAGAGUGAUUUGGUUCACUUAAGACAAGUGUCUGUAGAGGAGGGCGAGAUAUUGGUGACCGAAUACAGUGAGAUAACGGCCCUCUAUUACGGCGAAAUCAGUGUCGCCGACCAACUCGUCCACCAGCUCUUCAUAGAUCUCUAUCGUUGGGUUAAGAAGAAUAAAGUGAUUCCCAAAUCACUCACUCCUUCCCUAUUAGACAGAGUUGUCAUUGGAAUCAAAGGCUCGACUAGUAAUGGAUCAGUCAUUGGAUAGAAUCCAAC